AAAGAAACUCUAGAGGAAGGAGAACUGUGGGAAAUUUACUGUUUCAGAGAGAAGGUGCCUGGCUAAGGGCACUCAUAUAGGCUAGACAGAGCACUGAGCCUGGUUGCUUAUUUCCAGAUUAUCAGCUAUUUGAAGCCAAAAAGCUAGAGUGAUACUGUUGGCUUCAGACAUGGGGUUUUCCAGGAUGCCACAGUUGGACUUGUCUUGGCUGGGACUGAGGCUGGAGGCCUCACCAUGGCUGCUUUUGCUGCUGAUCGGAGCUUCCUGGCUCUUGGCCCGUGUCCUGACUCAGACCUAUGUCUUCUACAGAACAUAUCAUCAUCUUUGUGAUUUCCCUCAACCUCCCAAAUGGAAUUGGUUCUUGGGUCAUCUGGGCAUGAUCACUCCCACUGAGCAUGGUCUGAAGGAGGUGACUAAGUUGGUGGCCACCUACCCCCAGGGCUUCAUGACAUGGUUGGGUCCCAUCACCCCUAUCAUCACUCUGUGCCACCCUGACAUCAUCCGAUCUGUUCUCAGUGCCUCAGCUUCAGUUGCCCUAAAGGAAGUAAUCUUCUACAGUUUCCUGAAACCCUGGCUGGGAGAUGGGCUCCUGGUGAGUGAUGGUGACAAGUGGAGCCGCCACCGCCGCCUGCUGACACCCGCAUUCCAUUUCAACAUCCUGAAACCCUAUGUGAAGAUUUUCAAUGACAGCACCAACAUCAUGCAUGCCAAGUGGCAGCACCUAGCCUCAGGUGGCAGCACCCGUCUGGACAUGUUUAAGAAUAUCAGCCUGAUGACCUUGGACAGUCUGCAGAAGUGUGUCUUCAGUUUUGAUAGCAACUGUCAGGAGAAGCCCAGUGAGUAUAUUUCUGCCAUCUUGGAGCUCAGUGCCUUAGUGGCCAAACGGUUCCAGCAGCUGUUUCUACACGUAGACUCACUCUAUCAGCUUACCCAUAAUGGGCGGCGCUUUCACAAGGCCUGCCACCUGGUGCACAACUUCACGGAUGCGGUCAUCCAGGAUCGACGACGUACUCUCCCCAGUAAGCAUGAAGAUGAUGUCUUCAAGGCCAAGGCCAAGACCAAAACUCUGGAUUUCAUUGAUGUGCUGCUGCUGACCAAGGAUGAAAAUGGAAAGGAGCUGUCAGAUGAGGACAUUAGAGCAGAGGCUGACACCUUCAUGUUUGAGGGCCAUGACACCACAGCCAGUGGGCUCUCCUGGAUCCUGUACAACCUAGCGAGGCACCCAGAAUACCAGGAGCGCUGCCGGCAGGAGGUGCAGGAGCUCCUGAGGGACCGAGAGUCUACAGAGAUUGAGUGGGACGACCUGGCCCAGCUGCCCUUCCUGACCAUGUGCAUCAAGGAGAGUCUGCGGCUGCACCCCCCAGUCACGGUCAUCUCCCGUCGUUGUACCCAAGACAUCGAGCUCCCAGAUGGCCGAGUCAUCCCUAAAGGUGUCAUCUGCAUCAUCAAUAUUUUCGCGACCCAUCACAACCCAACUGUAUGGCCCGACCCCGAGGUCUAUGACCCCUUCCGCUUUGACCCAGAGAAUAUCAAGGACAGGUCACCUCUGGCUUUCAUUCCCUUCUCCGCUGGGCCCAGGAACUGCAUAGGACAGACUUUCGCCAUGAACGAGAUGAAGGUGGCACUGGCACUGACACUGCUGCGCUUCCGCGUCCUGCCAGAUGACAAGGAGCCGCGCCGGAAGCCGGAGCUGAUCCUGCGCGCGGAGGGCGGGCUGUGGCUGCGGGUGGAGCCGCUGAGCACACAGUGACUCCCUGCAUCUGGACGGGUCCCACCCACCCGCAUGCCUCUGCAGAUGUCACCUGUACCAGAGGCUCGCCAAAUACCAGUAGGGGGCGCUGGAGAACAAGAGUGAACCCGCAGUAGUGGUGGGGCGGGAGAUGGAGUUGAUGUCCUUCGGCCCAGACCCCUGACUUCAUCUGUCCGUUCAUAGGCCUCUACGUUGUCCUUUAGCCUAGUUGGACUUACUCUCUUGGGCAAUAGGGAGCUAAGGGGAAGUGCUUAGGCAGGAUAGACGCCAGGCUCGAGCUCAGAGAACCUUUUAAGUUGAGGUACAUUUCCAUCACCUUGACCUCCAUUCUAAUCUCAAAACUCUCAUUCUGGGAUUCUUCAGUGUUUCUGUGAAAACUGAAAUUUUAGGAUUAUUAAACCUAACAAGUCUGCCA